AUGCACUCGAUGCCAGUGGUAUUCGCUGCCCAGAACCCCUCUGCUGUCAAGGAGCUCCACGCAACCAUCCAAUGUGGGGUGCGCCCAAAAGGUGCUGGUGCUAACAAGAAAUCGAAUAACCCAGCGUACUACGGCACCAAGUAUCCGUGGGUUAAUGAAGCCGACGGCCUCAAUCAGGACGCCGUUCAUGAUGGCUUCCACUUGUCAAGCUACUUGAUCACUGCCAAAUACCUCUUCUUCGACACCGAGGAAGGUGCCACUGCCUUGAACCUGACCACCCUCCCCAGUGACAACCAAUGCAGUCAAGCCUCAGGGUUUGUCUUCCCGCCCUUGGUAAGCACUCUGGACAUUCCCAGGGACUUCCCUGAUCACAGUAGCCUGCCGUCCACGUGCGCUCAGUUCGCCAGUUUGACCUUGAUUUCAGCCACAGAAGUGAGCCCUUGCAGAGUUAACAUUAGUCCCGAAUCUGAGCGAGCAUUCUGGCCGACUGAAUGCCAUAACACACUCCUCCCUGUAUCAGGUUGUCUGGACAGGACCACAAAGGACGACAUAACAGGCCGUGACCACGGCCGGGCAGCAUGGGCAGCCAUUACUCUAACUUUUGCCCUGAUUUUCGGCCUCGGCCUCGUGGGGUACUAG